AUGAUACCGAACCUCCGUUUCAACGUCGCAAUGAUCGUCAUUUGGGGAAUACUGCUGGCAAUACAUGUCGUACAAUUAAUCAUGCGCCAGUACUGGUUCUCGGUCGCCUUUAUAUGCACAGGUGUUUUGGAAGUACUUGGCUACAUAGGGAGGACGUGGUCGCACUCUAAUGUUGAUAACAUGGACGCUUUUCUUUUAAACAUGAUUUGCUUGACUAUAGCUCCUGUGUUCACCAUGGGUGGCAUAUAUUAUCAACUUGCAAAGCUUAUAGAAGUAUAUGGUCACAGGUUCUCAUUAUUGCCCUCUCCAAUGGCGUAUUCUUUUAUUUUCAUAUGUUCCGAUAUCGUAUCGUUAGUGGUACAAGCGGUGGGUGGUGGUCUUUGUGGUGUAGCGGUCACGGAUGGAACCUCGACAACGACCGGUAAUCAUGUUUUCAUUGCUGGUCUGGCCAUUCAAGUCGCAUCAAUGGGUAUUUUUCUUAUUUUAUGGUGCCAUUUCCUUUUCCGCAUAUAUAUAUCUGUAAGAUGGGAGCACAUCAAUGCUAAAUCCAUCUCAUUAAAUCUCUCAAAGAUACCUCAAACAGAGAUUGAUUAUCUAUACAGGGAAAAAUACCAUUUUUUGCGACUCGAACCUAAACGUUGGGUUUUCCAUUAUUUCAAUCUGGCACUUACUGUAGCGGUCAUAACCAUUUUCACUCGUUGCUGUUAUCGUUUGGCGGAACUAGUUGUCGGUUGGGACGGCUAUUUGAUUAUACACGAAUGGUACUUCAUAAUUCUGGAUGCAUUGAUGAUGGCCAUUGCUACAGUGACAUUGACAAUUUUCCAUCCAGGAUAUGCAUUUAAAGGUAGGAAUACUUCGAUUCCAAUCACACCUGGCCAUGUCGAUCCUGAAACACUGCCACAUGCGGACAAUACUGAAGAUAUUUUGGACACUUCCGACUCAAAGCAGUUUGAUGUUGAAAAAGAGGAGUUUCAGGCGAGUAUGAAGUAUCCAAUCAGCACUUUUAAACAAUUCAUGUCUAAAAUAGGGAACUUAUUCUCCUCCAAAAAGAAAGGAGAGGUUUAG